CCAGCACAUAGAUAAGAAAUACCCACUUCGACAAAGUGUUAUUCAACCUUAAUUCGCACUUGCCUCAAAAUGCUGAAACUGGGUUCGGCUCUAUUAUUUCUCUAUCUGGUGCACUCUUCCCUGCUACAGAGUACUCCUCGGGCCACAACACGCGCUCCAUCUACUUUGAGAAAACAGAUCUCUGAGGUGGUUUCCUAUUUGGGAAAACCUAUCACAGCAGCAGGGAAAGUGAUUAGAAAUAUGGGACGGUCUUUACGAAACAGUACCGAGUGGGUAACUGAGCGCGUGGUUCGUGGCAUCGUAAGACUCAUAUUUCCAUUUGGUAGAAAGAAGAGAGAAAUAUCGGCCGGAACACACCCACUUUUACGCAAUCGGCGUCAUCUGUACACAUAAAACAAUCACUUAGACCAUGAACGG